CAGACAUUAUCAGCUGUUUUAUAAAUACCAAAAUCAGUCGACGUAGUUCGACGAAGUCGACGGUUUGAAUUAAUAAUCUGCUACUUACUUUUGCUAUUACUAGUUGCAUCUUCUAAGAGCUUGCAUGCGAAGUAAUAAAUACGUAUAUUGCUGAUGUCAAACAGUACCGCAGUGUACGGGAAAGCUCCACAAAUCCCCGCAUCUUCGGCGUGGACUGAAAGUAACUUCGGCGAUAUUUUACAUCAACGAGUUAACAUGAGAAUCCAUGAUUUUCAAAGUAGUCCUGCUUUUAGCAGUCAUGCUUUUGGUGAUACAGCGAUUUCCUGGGUUGACUCAAAAGACGUCUUCUUCACAGAACUUCAGGAGAACGAAGCUCACGAACUCGCUAAGUGUCAGCUUCUCUCCCGAAAGUUAGAAGACUGCUUAAAAGAUGCUAAAGGCACGCAGUUACAGUGUACCGAAGUAUUAAUUCCUUCUGAUCUCAUGUUACGAAUUGUACGGGAUAUACUGCGCAUGUCAGAGAAGGAACCUUGUGGACUCCGAGGGUGCGUAGUAUAUGUAAAUCUUGAAGAGAAGAGCUUAUGUAGACGGAUCGGGAAGGUGAAUUACGAUCCAGACACUGUUGCGACCUUUGAAGUGUUUUUAACUCUCAAACAAGACUGUAGUAGUUGGCUAAGUUUGCGACAUCUAAUCCCGGCUCGUCUACUCAAGAGCCUCGGUCGGAAUUCUCCACUGGUUAUUAGUGAAAACUACAUGCUGAGCAAAAAGAAGUUAUAUCGCUCAUAUAGUCUUCACUGAUGCUUUUUGUAUAUAUACGCACAAUUAUGUAUAAUUCUGUAUAAUACCUUUCUGUGUGUGUGUGUGAUUUAUUUUGUAUGAUGGGAUGGUUAGACUGUUAAAUAAUUGGUCCGCUUUUAUUUGAAAACGAAUCACUUAAUGGACCAAAUCGUUGUCGUGUGAACCUUCUUUUAUCAUUCUACAAGCAUUUGAUAUUUCAAUAUGAAAUAUUUCUCAUUGUGUUUGUUUUUGCUCAAGACUGUGAUCCUUGUGCUGUACAAACGUACGUUAGCUUUAAAAAUGUAUGCGAUGAGCAGGGAGCAUGAAAUACAUUGUUAGUAGACAACAUCCUUGAAUUCGCAUACACUAAAAAAAAAAAAAAUUUUAAAGGCUGUUUACACUUUAUCAACUAGUCAAUUCUUUUUGAAUUGCGAUAAAAAAUUACUGACGUUUAAACCUACGAAAAUUCACCAUAAAAUUGUUUUACUCGUUUGUUUCUAGUCUUCCCUUCCGCGAGAACCAGAAUAAACACUAUAGUUUAGUUUGGUCUUCCACCAGGGGGCGCCUGGCUCCGUGGUACAAGCUUUUAGUUAUUAGCUUUUUCUUGUGUUAUCAUAUUUGUCAGUUUUUUUUUACAAUAAUUCUUAUGCUUUUUUUUCAAUUACAAUAAAAAUUUCAACAGUGAUA